GUCUGCAAAUCUCGCGAGACGGGGUUUCUGACGAGUCAAAGGUCGUCUGUGGUGGGCUUCUCUGUUGGCCUUUAAAUCGCGACCCAGUGUAGUUGGUUAAGUAGCCGAUGUUCCAGCUUGGUUUACCGAGGAUGAAUCCUCACCGUAUGUUCAAACAGCAGAGCGAAGAGGAUGAGAAAUCAUCGAUAGCCAUACAGCCUUUCGGACGGCCUUUCGGAUCCCCCCAACAUGGCUCGCCAGCUGCGGAGAGAGCCGCGUUCCUAAGCCCACUCAGGCAAAGCUAGGGAAGCGCUGUGAUGGCGGGAGUAAUACGGAGCAGAGGCGCCUUUGUGUCAUCGUUGACUCAACCGUACGCCUGAUAUAAAAAUAACAAGGGGACCACUGGCCAGCGUGGGGAAGGUUUACUCAUCCACUCGAAGAUGCUGGACAUUCCAGUGAUGUAAGCAUGGAGCUGGAGAGUGCGUUAAAUUUCAGAGUGGAAGAGCGGAACAUCGAGUGGUGGCUUCAGAUUCAAAGGCUAUUUGCAACAGGUUAAUCGCAACUGUCGGCAGUGGUGGAAAUCAGUGGUCCGGGCAAGUGAUGAGUUGCAUGCGAACAAGGGAUUGCAUGAGAAGUUUAAAGAUCAGUGUUUGCAAGAUAAGAGGUUGACGGGGGCAGGAAGAACCGUUUUAUAUUGAGUGUGCACCCAUGUAUUGCAAGCAGUCGGGAAGACUGAUCAAAGAUAGAAGCUGUAUUCCUGAGUGGUUGUCAGUGCCCAGGCGAUGAGCUUCUUUUGGAAAUGAAUAGCUCUCCAUAAUUUUAAGGAAAUAGGCAAAAAUUUGGAACGCUCGGCAGAAAUUAAAGACAGAAUUUUUUCUCUCUUUGUCUCUCAGUCUGUGUCUGUCUCUGUCUGUCUCUCACCAGUGCCCCAGUUAACAAAAUAAAACUUGCUAUUUUGCAAAGAUCUUAGCCCAACUUGUCUUAGAAUAAGAUAAUUUCCAAUAUUCUGGUGAUCCCAGCGCAGAGCAUCCAUCACCAUUGCCCUCUCUUAGAGUUACAGCUUGUUUUCUUUGUAUAUUUGGUAUUACCGAUCAACCCAGGGCCUCACACAUGCUAGGUAGGUGAUCGAUUGCUUAACUGCAUCCCACUAGCUCCCUCACCUUUUGAAGUUUGAAAUGUUCCAUUGCCCAACCUGGUCUCCCAACUAUUGAGCCUCCUAGAAAUUGUAAGGAGUGAGCCCCAGCCUUCUGAGUAAUUGGGAUUACAGGCAUGUCCCACCUUGUCUAUCUUGUAUUGAUUUGUUUAAUUGUUUGACCACAAAGCUCAAAGAUGAUUUAGAAGGAAAAAAUCUGAAUUCAUAGUGUUGCUAAUUGUGGACAAAAGUCCUGGCCAUGUACCCAAUGGUGGGAACUGAUAGCAUACUUACCUCUAUGGGCUUUCACUAAAACGUUAGCCAUUACUGAUAGGCCCACUAUGUUUUGCUCAUGUCGUUGCUGUUGUGUUUCUUCCUCGGAAGACACAGACUUUCUCUCUUGGAUCAGUGGAUAUAGUUAAAGGGUUCACAGAGUAUUAUAAUGAAGUAUAUGUUUGACCACUUUGUUGACACCUUAUUUAAAAUAAAACUGAUGAUACUGUAAUAUUGCAGGUGCUUGUAUGUUGACAAAGAGGUGAUGGGUAAUGUAAAACCAGGCAUUAUUCAUAACAGUUAGUGGAAAAUAGAAUAUUGGGAAUGGUUAUGUUUCCCCUAGAGUUGAAGUAGGAAAAAAAUAUCCUAGUCCACAAAAAAGAGGGUUAUAAAUUCUUUGAUAUCAGGGUAAACAAAAUGAAUGAGCCACUCAAAUUUGAAUCAUUGGCAAUAACUCAGUCUAUUCAUAGAUGAAGAAGAGGACCAAUCCUUACGACCAGAGGUACAGGGAAAACCUAAGGUAAUUGAAGGCACUUUGAUGCUUCAGGUCUCAUUGAUGAUGCAGUUAAGGAUCCUUUCCUGGACAGAAGUUUACCUUUUCAAAAAGAUUUCAGGUCAGGGAGGUGGCUGAGUGGCUUAAGCACCUGCCUGGCAAGUGCCAUAUCCUGCGUUUGAUCUCUGGUACCCUUAGCCCAACCACGAAAGAAAAAUUUCAGUGAAUUGCUGUGUACCAAGAAAAGCUGUAAUAACUUUUAAAAUAAAGUAGUUCAUAAGGAAAACAAAUAAGUGGGUGAGAGAGAUGGCUACAGUAUGAGUCUGAAAGGAAGUCAGAAUUUUAUUCAGAGUCUGAGGCUGAGUCAGAAUCCCCUAAGAAGGCAGAGAGGAAAGAGGAAAGGUGGAAAAAAAAAAAAAGUCUCCAGGAGAGCCUGGAUGCUCCAGCAGCAGCACUAAAACUAUUUAUCUGAAGAACUUGCCAAAGCCAUAAAAACAGAAUUGGACAUCUGCAGUCUAGCUUUACAAUGGAAUCUAAAGAGAGUGAAAUGUCAGAGUUGAAGGAUGAAGAUAAUCCAGUGGUUGUAUCUCCGAAUGACUGUUCACCUUUUGGCAUCUUUGUUUUGCUACCUCAAUAUCGCCUUCAUCGCUUCCAGCCUUAUAACAAACUGCCACACAUUUUGUAAUAUUUACUCAUUCAACAAACUUUGAAAGUAAACUGCACCAGGUCCUGUGCUAAAGGAAAUCAUCAUCUCAGGAAAUCAUCUGAGGAUCUGAGAUCCUGCCAGCUGCUUUUGUGAUGUACCCCAUGCUCAGGACCCUUAGCCUACGGCUCCACUCAAUCAUCACCAGCACCUACGUCUCUGGUGCCCACUCUGUGGUCUUCAUCAACUGUCCCAGUGAGCAAAUUGCCAGAGACAUUGCCAGAACAAUACUGGAGAAGAAGCUGGCUGCUUCUGUGAACAUCCUACCCAAGGCCUCUUCACUGUAUCUUUGGAAGGGAGAAAUGGAAGAAGCCAGUGAGAUCUUGUUGCUAAUAAAGACAAAGACUUCCAAGGUCCCCAUGCUCUUCAGCUAUGUCAGGUUGGUGCAUCCUUUUGCAAUCCCAGAGGUCUUCAGUCUGCCCAUGGAUCAAGGAGAUGUGCAGUAUCUAAAGUGGCUUGAGGAGAGCAUGGAGGACCAAGCGGGUGAAUCUUCCUGUGCAUCUUGCUGACCACCUCUGUCCUGCACAGCUGCAUUCUGGGAAGAGUGAUCUACUUCUGCCUCCCAGGAUCUGUGGCUUCCUUGUCCCUGUUAGCACAGAGCAGCAACGAACCUGUGUUGGCUGAGAGUCUUUGGUUCCUGAGGCUGGAAGAGAAGGUCAGGCCAGAAAGAACCCAGUGGGACUUGUCUCAGAGUGCUGCUUGUUUCAAGGUGGCCAGAGGCGGGAGUGCGAGGAUGGUUGUACAGACUGCAGGAGUUGGGAGUGAGGGUGAAGUUUGUCAUCUUUAGUCCCAAGACUCUCAGAUACCUAGGGAGAAGCUGUUCCCCUGCUUCUGAUGGGCAGGAACGGAUCCAAUGACCUUGUUUACUUGGAAGUGGUUGGGAUGCCACCUCAAGGGACUAACAAGUGCUGUAUUUAAAAGGAUUGAUUGUAAUGGUGGAAUUUCAGAGAUCAGCAGGAUUAUUUCUUCUAAAGAGGCUUUUGUUGCUCCAGAGCCUUGAGGAGGUGGCACUGGAGAUUAGGGCUUCAGCAUGGUCUCAUGGGCUGGCACUGUCUUGGUUGUUUCUUAGUCUGAUGUGACAGACUUCAGGAGGUUCUGGUGCCCUGCUCAGAAAUAGCCCCGGGAACCUGCUAGGCUUAUGUUUUGCACAUUUGCCUUACAGAGCCCUGGAGCUUGGCAGAAACUCCCAGGGGCUGCUGGGGUGAGGGCUAGAGGCUUCCACCUAUAUCCUUUUUUUUUUUCCCCAUCUAUACCCUUUCAGUGCACUGUGUCUUGGCUCAUUAGCCCUUGAGCUCCCUUGUAAAAUUUGGGUUUUGUUUUUGAAGGUUUUCUUUGUCAAAGGCUAGUAAGCCACUGCUCUAAGAUAGUCUCCAUUUUAUUAUUAAAGAAAACUGCACUGUAUAGAUGCCCAGGAAGGGAAUGGCGUGUUGUUACACCUGGCACUUUUGUGUCAGCGCGUGCUGUGUCAGUUCCAAGGUGGAGGAGCACAGGGAAGGCAGGAAAUGCUGAGUCCUACUAGUGAAAAGAGAAACUUGACCCAGGCCCUGUCCAUGAACCUGUCACAAAGUGAGUCCAUUUGGUGGAGACCAUAGGCGGUUGGGGCUGGGAUCCAUAGCUAGCUGUGGUUUGUGGGUCUCUCAGAGGGGCAGAGUGCAAGGGAAGCAUCUGACCCCUGCUCUGCACCCCUCACCUUAGUCCUCCCAAGUAGGAGAUGGGGGCGAUGACCCACCUAUGGAAACCUGGUAGGAACUGUGAGCAGAGGUCCUGCCAAGGUCCAGAGGACACCAGUGAGGACUUGGGGAGCUGCCUGUGGAGAGGGCAAGAGCAGGUAAUGGGGAUGUCCCAUAUUUUUAUAAUAGAUCAGUUUCUGACACAUGCAAAUCUUGUACAAAGUAAACACUAAAAUGUAUCAUAGUCUCUUGUUGAUUGCAUAUAUUACUUUUAUGAUAAAGUCCAAUUUCUAAGUCUAGUUUUCAAGGCCCUUUUUAAAAAUGUUUUUAUUUUAUUUUUUAGAUAAGGGUCCCACUAUGUAGUUUGGACUUAUAGUGAUCCUC